AUGAUGGCGCCGGGGAACGACCAACUGAUAGCCGAGUCUGUACGAGGCUUAAUCACAUCGUACCAUGAACUCAACCCCAACUGCGUCGACGAGCUCGAGGAAGAGCCGAGUCCGCUCGAGUUCAUGCGCUACGUCGCCACGAACCGGCCGUUCGUCAUCAGAGGCGGCGCGUCGUCGUGGCCGUCGCACCGCAAAUGGAAUGCCGCCUACCUGAAAGAGGUCAUGGCGGGCCAGCACGUCAACGUCGCCAUCACCAACCGCGGCAACGCCGACGCCAUCGUCGAGAGCGAGGAGCAAGACGGUAGCUUGGUCUUCGUCGAGCCGUAUGAGCGCGAAGAGCUCUUCUCCGACGUCAUCGACAAGGUGCAGGCGCAAGAGCUGGGCAACGCCGCUGGUGAAGAGCCGAAGGUCAUUAGAUACGCGCAGACACAAAACGACAACCUCCGCAACGAAUACUCCAGCCUCUUCGCCGACGUCCCGCGCGACAUCCCCUUCGCCCGCAUCGCACUACAACCAGAUGCCGCCGCGGGCCCGGACGCCGUCAACUUCUGGCUCGGCUCGUCCCGCAGCACAACGUCGCUGCACAAGGACAACUACGAGAACGUCUACGUGCAGGUGCUCGGCCGCAAGCACUUUACUUUGCUGCCGCCCGUCGAAGCGGCCUGCGUCAACGAGCGCGCGGUGCCGGCGGGGAGGUAUGUUCCGAGAGCGAGGAGCGGGGUGGAGCGGGAGGGUGAAGAGGAAAGGGAGGUAGAGUUGCAUGAUUUGAGGGUCGAGAUGGCGCGGCCGGAGCGGAUGGUCAAUUGGGCGCUGUGGGAUCCGGAUUUGCCGGCUGUGCGGCCGACGGCGUUUUCGGGGCUGUCGAGGCCGGUGAGGGUGACGCUGGAGCCCGGGGAUAUGCUGUAUUUGCCGGCGAUGUGGUACCAUAAAGUAGCGCAGAGCUGCUCUGAGGAGGGGAUAUGCGUUGCGGUGAACUACUGGUACGACAUGGACUUCAGUGGGCCGUUUUGGUCCUUCUUCUCCUUUGCUCGGAGCGUUGGCGGAGUCGCAAACGGUUACCCUCUGACAGAACGAGGCGGGGAAGAGGAGGAGGAUGAGUGUCAGUAA